AUGGGAGAGCGGCCGCUGCCUGUUCCUCAGGACCUGGCGCUGAGGGCCCAGGGUGUGGGUGAGGAGGGGCUGGCGGAGCCCGGGGCCGCGGCAGGGCAGCAAAAGCCGCCGGCCCUGCUGCAGCGAUGUGAGGAGCGCGAGCCGGAGCAGCAGGCAGAACAUGAGCAGCAGCAACAGCAGGAGCAGGAGCAGCAGCAGGAGCUGCUGCAGGACCAGGAGCAGCAGCACGAGCAACCGCCACCAUCGGCGCCUUCGGAUUCACAGGCGCCGCCACAGCAGCAGCAGCAGCAGCAGCAGCACGAGGCCGAGGCCGCCGCCGCCGACGAGGUGCGCCGCCUGCGCAGCCAGAACGCGCAGCUGCGAGAGGAGGCCGCACGCCUGCACGCCCUGCACAGCCGCGAGCUGGCGAGCGUGCUCUGCGACGCCGCAGCUCACGAGGCGGCCGCGCUCAGCCGCGCCGUCACCGCCGCCGCCGCCGCCGCGGUCGCCGCCGAGCGCGCGAGGUGGGUCUCUUCGCUCGCGGCGCUCGGCGUGCCGCCGCCCGCGUUGCUGCGGCUCGCGCUCGGGGCGCCGCUCGGUGGCGACGGCGGCGGCGGCCUCGGGCCAGAGGUCGCGACCAGCGCAGCGGCGGCCGCCAUCGCGGCGGCGGCUGCAGCUGCGCGCGGUGGGGCCGGGGCUGGGAGGGCGCUGGACGCCAGGCUGCUGUAUGCAAUGCAGUGCAUGGCCACGGCGGGCGCCAGCGUUGAAUCCAAUGUUCCCCUGGAGCCGGCGCCGGAGGAAGAUCUCGAUUUGGGGUUGCUCGCCGCAGCCGCCUGCCUGCCUUCCGUCUCUGUGGCACCGCCGGACCCGCCUCAGGGCCACCGGGCCGCCGGUCUUGGCGCCGCGGCGGGGGAGGAUACCCCGCACGUGCUGAGCGACUCGCUGCUUGAGCACCUGCGUGGGGAGUUCCAGGGUGGCGGCAGCUGCUUUGUAGCUGCCGUGCGCUGCUCCACGCCGUCAUCAGGGGACGGCCCCUGCGGCCACCGCGCGUCGGGGGGCGCCUCAGAGGAUACUGCGGCGCGGCAGGCACGGCCGCGGGGGCAGCUGCCCAGCAGCUGCUCAUGGAGCAGCAGCGGCGGCGCGGACGACGCGGUCUGGGGAGGCUCAGACGGCUGGGGCUCCGACCCAGUGGUCUCGCCGGCGCCAGCGGCGGCCCCGCUUUCGGCGCCAAUCGGGGCGCGCGCGGGCGGGCGCGGUGGCUGCAACAGCGGGAGCGGUCCCGUUUUGGCUGCUGCCUUUGCGGACCAGGCUGCGGCCUUGCUACCCGACGACCUGCUGUAG